UUUCGCUGUCUGCCUCGGUUCCGGGGUCUAAAAGCUGGGGUUUUAGUGACAAUCACGGCUCCGGCUCGCGUCGGAUGACUUCAUCUGGUGGGCUUCAAUUGCCGGCGCCCUUUUGCCUGUCAACUCAAGCCUGAGAUGCUGUAUCUUUAACUACUCAGCGCGCCUCGAGAUCUUGAUCUGACCCAUAACACAUCUCCCCAUCCAAAUCGCCUUUCUCACCAUGUUUCGCCCUAUCCUCAGACAAUGCGCUCGAAGAGCUGCUAUUCCUCUGCGACCAUGCGCCACAAGGACCUUUGCCUCGGCAUCUGGACCUACCUUUAACUGGGAGGAUCCUUUGGCCUCGAAUAACCUCCUGACUGAAGAGGAGCGUGCAAUUGGCGAGACUGCAGAGAGAUACUGCCAAGAGCAAUUGCUACCCCGCGUUCUACAGGCCUAUCGCGACGAGUCCUACGAUCCUAAGAUACUCGAGGAGAUGGGCGAGCUUGGGCUACUGGGCGCUACGAUCGAGGGAUAUGAUUGCGCUGGCGUGUCCUCUGUUGCUGGUGGUUUGAUCACACGAGCUGUGGAGAGGGUGGACAGCGGCUACCGAUCUGGAAUGUCCGUUCAGUCUUCGUUGGUGAUGGGUGGUAUCUUUGAGCACGGUACUGCAGAGCAGAAGGAGAAGUUCCUACCUCAGAUGGCCAAGGGCAAGCUCCUCGGUGCCUUUGGCUUGACAGAACCUAACCACGGCAGUGAUCCUGGAAGCAUGGAGACAGUGGCAAAGCCUCAUCCCACCAAGAAGGGCUACUAUUCUCUGAGCGGUUCAAAGACAUGGAUCACAAACAGCCCUAUCGCCGAUGUCUUGUUGGUAUGGGCAAAGUUGCAAGACACAGGCAAGAUUCGAGGUUUCUUGGUGGAGCGCAAGGACUGCCCACCAGGAACUCUCGAGACACCAGCUAUCAAGGACAAGAAUGGUCUUCGAGCCUCGAUCACUGGCAUGAUCCAUCUUGACAACUGUCCUGUGCCAGAUGUCAACAUGUUCCCCGACGUUGAAGGCCUAAGAGGCCCCUUCAGCUGCCUGAACAACGCUCGAUACGGCAUUGCCUUGGGCGUCAUGGGUGCUCUUGAGGACUGCAUCGCCCGUGCCCGAACAUACGCCCUCGAGCGCAAGCAAUUCAAAGGCAACCCCCUCGCCAAGUACCAACUCGUUCAGAAGAAGCUCGCCGACGCGACAACAGAUGCCGCCUACGGCACACUCGCCGCCAUCCAGGUUGGCCGUCUCAAGGACGAGGGUAAGGCUACGCCCGAGAUGAUCAGCAUGGUGAAGCGACAGAACUGCGAUACGGCCCUCAAAAACGCACGAGUCCUCCAGGAGAUCUUUGGAGGCAAUGCUGCGAGUGAUGAGUACAUGAUUGGCCGACAUGUGGCGAAUCUCUAUGUGACACAGACUUAUGAGGGCCAGAGUGACAUUCACAGCCUUAUCUUGGGACGUGCUAUUACUGGUAUUCAGGCAUUCGUGUAA